GCAAGCGCGGAAAUGCUCUGACAUGGUGCUGGACGGCGGAGAGGACCACCAGCGGCCUCGCACCCAUCAUUCUGCAAUCCCAAAUCCAUCCGCAUGACCUCCGCCACCAUGAUGAUGCCGCUGCUAGCACACGACGUCCUUCCAGCUCCGCCACCUCGACAAAACCGGCAAAAGAGCAGUGUUUACCAUCACCACCUUCUUCAGGCUUCUUCAGUCCCAGCCAGGACGUCCACCAUCUCCGUUGGGGGUCUGGCCUACGGUAUUCACGUUGUCGGCUCCACAGCGUUCGUUGCGUGCCUAACCCACGUGAGUUGGAUUCACCUCCACGAGAAGUGCAGCCUUGGCCGCGUGCAUGUGUCUGGCCCCGCACGGUCCGUCGUCGCCACGUCGAACGGCAAGUCUGCGUACGUGGCGUGCCACACUGGCGGAUUAAGCAUCAUCCACACAACUCCUUCUUUGCACGUUGGUGACCACUUCAACAUCCCAGCGGUCGGCGUCGCGAUGAGUACGUCUGUAGCUGUUGUGGUUUGCGAUCUCAUGGGCGUGUGCUUCUUCGACACGCGCUCGCACACUUGGACGUCGAUGCUUCCUCUUGCCGUGGGAGGCACAACUUUCCGCGCCAAGGCCGUUCAGGUCCUCCACGAUCGGUACGCGUACAUCGCGUGUGACGCAGGCAUGGUUGUCGUUGUUGACUUCAUCGACGCCCGCCACCCCGUCAUCCUGACGGCAAAGCGACUCUUUUCCGGGGAUGCACAUGCCAUUGCUCUCACAAGCUCGGCGGCGUACAUCGCGUGUGGCGCCAGAGGCGUCGCCGUGAUCGAUCUCGAGCAGCUUAAAGCUCUGGGCGUUGUCAAGACCGCGUAUGGAUCCGUGUUUGACGUGCACCUGGACCAGUCGUCCCGUCGACUCUUGUGCGCGUGCCAAGUCGGGGGGCUGGCCGUAUACGACAUCAGCGACGACGAUGGCAUGUCUUUAACGUUUGUCGGCCAAACGAACGCCUUCGAUGGAAUCUGCCAUGGUGUGGGAAGCACAAAGGACAAGAUCCGUUCAAGAGAGGUCGGCGUUGUCACAUGCCAGUCCGGCGGAGUGCAAGUCGUUGUGCUUGAUGCAGUCGAGACGUGGCCAGAACCGAAACGUGCGCGACUCGCGGACGCGUGCACCCUCAUGUAGCGACCGCAUCGGCCGAUCCCUUUUUUCUCAAACGUAUUUUGUGUGCA